AUGGUUUCCCUUUCGCAAGUUCGGGCCUCAAACUCCUUAAUCUCUUCUACCUUUCCCGAAAAGCUUGUAGCCGUUUUUGUCGGAGGCACAAGCGGAAUUGGCGAAGAGACCGCCAAAUGCCUAGCCAAAUAUGCCAAAAGUCCUCGCAUCUACAUCGCCGGUCGUUCUCGAGACGCAGGCGAUCGCGUCUUGGCGGAAUGCAAGCGCAUCAACCCCUCAGGACAAUACAUCUUUUGCAAAUCCAAUGCGAGCUUGAUCCGUGGGGCUGAUGACCUCUGCAAUGAGAUUAAGAAGGAGGAAACCUUCAUCAAUUUGCUCGUUAUGAGUCAAGGUGUAUAUGAUUUCAGCCGAAGUGUUACUUCCGAGGGCCUGCAUCUUCUCGCCGCGCUGAACUAUUAUUCUCGCAUCCGAAUCAUUCAAAACCUCAUGCCGCUUCUGGAGCAAGCCCCGUUCCUUCGACGAAUAGUCUCUGUAGGAGGAGGAGGCCAUGAAGGCAAUCUGGAUACGACAGACUUUCAAGCCCUUAACGUGCCAAUGGGGAAUCUUCGCGAGCAUCUAUCGACAUUGGUUACUCUUGGUUUACAAGCUGUGGCAAGAUCUUCUCCGGAGGUCAGCAUCGUGCAUGGUUACCCCGGCACAGUUAAAACAUCGCUCCUCAAGGAUGUACCUGAGGAGACGUUGAAGACGAUGACGUUUAUACCUUUGGAAGAGUGUGGCGAAAGGCACUUGUACUUGGCUACAAGUUCGAAAUACUCGCCUCUGAAAAGCGAAUAUGCGGGAAUCCCUUUGGGAGAUGGUGUUGAAGUGGCGGUGGGAUUUGGCGGAGCUGGAGGAGGCGUUUACUCUAUCCGAGAGGAUUGCGAAAAUGCCUCCUCCGAAGUUAUGCAGAAACUCGCAGAGUUGAGAACCAACGGGGUUAUGGAAGAGGUCUGGUCCCAUACUCAGGAACAGUUUGCGCGUAUUGAGGAAAGUGACAAGUAA